AUGCGGUACGUUCCCAACAAGAAGCAGGUCCGCGAGCGCCUGACCAGCGUGAAAGCAUGGGAGCUGCCCAAGCAGAAAUCGGCACUGGCGCCGCCACACGUGUGGACAAACGAAGAUAUGGAUCCGGUGAAGAUUGAGAAUCAAACGUGGACGUUGUGGACGUGGAUGGCGUAUUGGGCCACGGAUACUAUUAAUUUGGGGACGUGGGAGACGGCAAGCUCGAUUUUAGCGGUGGGGCUGAGCUGGAGGGAGGCGAUUCCCAUCAUUGUAGUUGGCACGUCCAGUGUUGCUAUUCCUAUGGUGCUGAAUGGCGCCAUUGGCGCGAAGCUUCACAUCCCUUUCUCGGUCGCCAUUCGAGCGUCAUUUGGAUAUUACUUCGCGUACUUCGCGAUUGUCUCUCGGUCGAUUCUUGCUAUGUUUUGGUUGGGUAUCCAGGGUGCCAAUGGUGCACAAUGUAUCACGAUCAUGCUUACAGCAAUCUGGCCGUCGUAUGGGAGAAUCCCCAACCACAUCCCCACAAAUCAAGGUAUCACCACACAAGGAAUGAUCAGUUACUUCUUGUUCUGGAUCAUUCAAUUACCCCUCCUUUUGAUCCCACCUACCAGACUUAGGUAUCUAUUUGCGACCAAGUUGAUCGCCGCACCCAUCACCGCCCUGGCGACAAUGGGGUGGUGUGUUCACAAGGCUGGUGGUUCAGGGAAAAUCUUUUCGCUCCAGCCCACGGUCUCCGGAAGCACCAAAGCCUAUCUCUGGCUCUCCUGCAUGUCCUCAGUGACUGGCUCAUGGUCAACACUGGCAUGCAACAUCCCCGAUUUUUCUCGAUAUGCUAAGACCAGCCGAGGACAAUACAUCCAACUCCCCAUCCUGCCCGCAGUCUUCACCGCCUGCGCAGUUAUCGGUAUCGUGACCACCUCAGCCACCGGAGUAAUCUACAACGAGCUCCUCUGGAACCCCCUUGACAUCAUCAGCAAAUGGCUCGAGAUGGGCCAUGGCGGGCGAGCUGCAGCCUUCUUCGCCGCAACCUCGUGGUACAUCGCACAAGUCGGCACAAACAUCACUGCAAACAGUAUCUCCGCCGCCAACGACCUGACUGUCCUCUUCCCACGCUUCGUGAACAUCAAGCGAGGGUGCGUGAUCGCCGCUAUCGUCGGAGGCUGGGUCAUCGUCCCCUGGAAGAUUCUCAGCUCCGCACAGACAUUCCUCGCGUUCAUGGGCGGCUAUGCUGUCUUCCUUGCACCGAUCGCGGGCAUCCUAGCUGCUGAUUACUGGCUCGUCAAGAAGCAGCAUAUCGAUGUCCCAGGUCUGUAUGAUCCCGACGGACGGUAUCACUACUGGAACGGGGUCAACUGGCGCGCACUCCUCGCUCUCAUCGUUGCCGUCUCCCCGAACUUGCCCGGUCUCGGGUACAGCAUUGCUCAGCCUGCUGAUACCACUCAACCAAACCCGGUGCAUAUUUCAAAUGGCGCAAAAAAUUUGUAUACAUUCGAUUGGCUGUUUGGGUUCGUGACGAGUAUCUUUGUGUAUACGGUGUUGAGCUACUUAGUGCCGCAUAAGGAGAGUCUGGUGCAACAUACGGUGUAUGGGAAUGAGAUUUUGGAUGAAGGCCUCCCGAGUGAUGUUGAGAGUACGGGUGUUAUGACCGGGGAGAAGGGGUAUGGGGAAGCGGAUGAGAAGAAGGUCAUGGCUGAGUUGUAG